ACAAAGUAGAAUAAGAAAUAUUUCAAGCACAGUAGUGAAAGUAAAGCAGAUCCUUGGCAGAAGCCGGAAGUGUGGUCCUCAGACCUGGCUUCUCAGCAAUUAGCCCUGAGAGGAAAGAACCGGCUGGCUCCUGGAAAUAUGCUGAGAGCAUACAGAACUUCCCCACGCCUUCACAAUUGUACCUUGCUGCCCAGGAGCUUGCUUCCCAGCCCACUAUGGCCACCACCAAUAGCAGUGCGGGCAUCCGUUGGUCCAGACAGGAGACACGAACUCUUCUCUCCAUACUAGGCGAGGCAGAGUACAUCCAACGCCUCCAGACUAUGCAUCAUAAUGCAGCUGUCUAUCAGGCCGUGUCUAAGCGGAUGCAGCAGGAAGGCUUCCACCGCACCGAACGCCAGUGCCGCUCCAAGUUUAAAGUUCUGAAGGCAUUGUAUUUAAAGGCCUAUGUUGCCCAUGCCACAAGUAUGAGGGAUCCACCGCACUGUCCAUUUUAUGAUAUGUUGGAUCAGCUUCUUCGAAAUCAGAUAGUGACUGACCCAGACAACUUAAUGGAGGCUGCUGCUUGGGCCAAGCACUGUGAUCAGAAUUUAGUGGCCUCUGGCACCCCAGGGGAAGAGGGAAGCAGCAUGCGGAAAUCAAAAAGGACUCAGGCAGCUGGUCAUCAGCACAUUUUGCAAACAGUUAAGGAAUCAGAUGAGGAUUGUCAGCUGAGAAUCAGUGACCGGAUGCCAGAAGCCAGUGACCUUGAGGACUCCUGGGAUGACUCCUUGGGUGCAGGGUGCUCUCAAGGGACCCCCAGCUACAGCAGCUCCCACCACCUUUUCAGAGGUUCAGUUGCUCCCUGUCAGAGCAGCCCAAUGACCAGACUGGGUGUGCCGAGGGAAUCCAGUCCCUGCACCAGUACCAGCCGAAACCCUCUUGGGGCAGCCUCCACACCACAGCCUCCAGGCUCCUCUUCCAGAGUUGCUUUUAUCUCUGGUGGGAAUAGACUUCUGACCAGUGAGCACCCUCCAUGGUGGGCAAGGCGAAGAAGGCGCUCAGUGGCCAGGACCAUUGCAGCUGAGUUGGCAGAGAACAGGAGGUUGGCACAAGAACUCUCCAAGAGAGAGGAAGAGAAGCUGGACAGGCUGAUUGCUAUUGGUGAGGAGGCCAGUGCCCAGCAAGACACUGCCAAUGAGCUGCGCAGGGACGCUGUCAUCGCCAUCAGACGCUUGGCAACGGCAGUGGAAGAAGCAACUGGUGCUUUUCAGCUAGGACUUGAGAAGUUGCUUCAGAGAUUGAUUUCAAAUACCAAAAGCUAGGAACUGGUUGAAUGGACAUGUUUUCCAGACUAUUACAAGCCCACGUCAAACAACUACCUUCUGGAACCCUGGCUCCUUUUCGGUCUUCAGAAAAAAAGAACAGAUGAACUGCUAAUACACAGAACAGUACCCUGCCGAUCCACAAGCUCAGAAAUACAUCUCGGAAAGUAAAUGUUUAGU